AUGGCACCAAGGCGGCACACACCACUCGCCAUAUCAUUGGCGUAUUAUAGACCAGGGCGUGCUAUCGAGCGCGUGUGCGGUGGGGCUGACGGCGCCGGCAUGGUGUCCGCGGCGCGCGCUCUGCUCGCGGCUGUCACGAGGGUGCUCCUGCUGGCAGACAUGGUGGUCGUACGACAGCUGCUACUCGCCAAAGACAAGGUGGCGCGUUCACUGGACCGUCUAGAGUCGGUGUCGAACUUCGCGGAAUUCGUUCGUGCGUUCACGGAGUUCGGCGGGGGCAUGGUGGAGUUGGCGCGGCUCACGGCCGAGAGGCGGGCGGACCUCCGGGACGAGAGGCGGAGGGCGCAGGUAGCGGCCGCGCGGAACGUUCUCGAACGCUCCACCCUCAUGCUGCUCACGUCUUCUAAGACAUGCAUGCGACACCCAGGCAGUGCGUCGGCGAGAGAAAACCGAGAUACAGUGUUUUGUCAAAUGAGGCGGGCGAUGGACCUCAUACACUACGUUGUUCGAGAUGGCUUACCCGGCCACGAAGAGCAAUCACACGAGGCGGCGCAGUGGGAGGCGGGCACCGCGUUGGGGGCACUGCGUGGUCUGACGGCGCAAGUUCGCACCGCCCGGGCGAGAGGUGGCGCUGACGCUGUCCGUCGCAGAGCCCUGGCCAGCACACUCCGGGCCCUCGUCGAGCGCACCCACGACUUCACUGACUCCGCGUAUACAUCGCACGACCACCGGCAGAGGAUACUGGCCCUCGCGGAGAGAAUUGCCUACGAACUGGAGAGGCUGGUGGCCGUCGCCGUGUCUGUAGAGGAGCAAGGGGCAAGCGGUAGCGGAGCAGCGUUGGAGAGCGCGUGCGCGGGCGCCACGAGCGCGGCGGGCGAACUGGAGCGGGCGCUAGUGGCGGCUGCGCGCGAUCAGGCGCGCGAUCUGCCUCCACUGGCGGAGGACGCCCGCCGCCUCGCCACCGACCUCGCCUACAUAGGUAACCCACCGCGAACGCUAGCCAGUUCCUGCGGCGAAAGAGAAUCAGAGAGACUGCACAACAUAGCCAGCCGAUUGCACGAACAAUUAGACCAUAUUAUAGAGGUAUGCAAACUCCUACGACACAUAGCAAUGUCCGAAACGCUCCAAGUGAGCGCUAAGUUCGCCGAAAUAAACUUGAGGAUAUACGGACCCCAAGUGGUGACGGCGGCGCGGACCCUUGCGGCACACCCGGGCAGCGCGGCCGCGAGGGAGAACCUAGACGUGUUCGUUGACAUGUGGGCGUGGCUGCUGACUGACGCCGCGCGACUCGCUAAGGAACUCCUCGACCUGACGGACGAGCGGCCCGACAAACAGCAGUAUAGCAGUUUACCCAGGCCUGGGAAACACGGUACUACUAGUAAACCACUAAAAGCUGUUCGACUAGACUCUGAUGAACAAGCGAAGAUUGCAAAAUCGGGGCUGGAAAUGAAAAUGAUGUCCUCCGAGAUGGACGCGGAAACUGAGAAAUGGCAGGGAGCCGACGAAAACAACGACAUCGUGAAGAGGGCAAAAAAUAUGUCAUCCAUGGCUUUUGCAAUGUAUCAAUUCACGAAAGGGGAAGGACGACUUAAUACGACGCAGGACCUGUUCACACAAGCGGAAUAUUUUGCGGAAGAAGCCAAUAGACUUUACAAAAUUGUACGACAAUUUUCAUACCAGGUUCCAGCAGGAACAAUGAAAAAAGAACUGUUGGAGCACUUGGACAAGGUACCGACGUACGUGCAACAACUGCAGUUCACAGUGAAAGAGCCGACGGUGGGCCGAGCAGCCACCUUCAGUAAAGUCGACAACGUCAUCCAGGAGACCAAGCACCUGAUGAACGUCAUUAGCAAAGUGGUCACGACGUGCUUCGACUGCGCAAACAAGGGCCUAAUUCCGUUGGACAAAGCGAUUAACAAAUCCUCAACCAACCCAAGAGAUAAAUCGUACAAAUUGGACUUCACGGGUCUGUCGGCGGGCGGCGCGGGGGCGGGGGGGCGGUCGUCGCGCGACGAAGACACGGCGGGCGGCGGCGGCGGCGACGCGAAGCCGGGCGGGAGCACCUCCGACACGGCCAUG